AUCACACUCGCAUAUAUAUUCCAUUUAUUAAGGUCCCAUAUAUAGUUUUCACACUCUUUUACCAAUAAAAUGGGUACUAAAAAGAGGAUUCUCUUCAUCAUUUCUCAUCAUUCUCUAUGGGGAUUAAUACUAAAGCUUUCACUCUUAUCCAUACAUUUGUCUUUUUAGCUUUCUUUCAUCUUUCUUUGGUGUCUUGUCAAAAAAUAACAACCAAUUGUCGCGGAAAUGGUUUCACUCUUGAUCUUAUCCACCGCGAUUCUCCUCUUUCACCUUGUUAUAACCUAUCAAACACUCCGUUUGAACGCCUUCAAAAUGCCUUCCGCCGGUCAUUCUCUCGGGCUUCCUUCUUUAAAAAAAAGUUGGAUGCACUCCAAUCGACAAUUGCUCCAAUGCUAGGUGAAUACUUCACGAAAAUAUCUAUUGGAACUCCGCCAAUAGAUAUGCUUGCCAUAGUUGACACUGGCAGUGACUUAACAUGGACUCAAUGUGAGCCUUGUGUUACUUGCUUCAGACAAUUGGUACCUAUUUUCUGUCCCUAUAAUAGUUCUACUUACAGAAUUGUUGGUUGCAACGACAAAGCUUGUCAAGAAAUUAGGCCUUCUACGACUACGUGUAAGAGUAACAUUUGUAAUUAUGAACAGACUUAUGAAGACCAAACCUAUAGUAUAGGUGAUCUUUCUAUUGAAACUUUCACAUUUACUUCUACUUCUGGUGAGAAUAUCUAUGUUCCUAACAUUGUUUUUGGAUGUGGACAUGUCAACAAUGAAACGUCGUUCAAUAACUAUACCUCCGGAAUGAUGGGCUUAGGUGGUGGCAGAGUCUCAAUUGUCAACCAGAUGAAUCAAGAAAUCAAAGGGAAAUUUUCUUACUGUUUGAUCCCAUUAUUAGAUUCAUCACCAACUAAUUCCAAUGCAACUAGUCACAUCAACUUUGGUGACAGUGCUGAUGUGUCUGGUCUUGACGUCGUUUCAACUCCUUUGAUACAAAAGCAACAAAACUCAUUCUACUAUUUAAACUUGGAAGGUAUCAGCGUUAGGAAUAAAACUUUGGAAUUCAAGUCUUCUAUAGUCAAUUCCUGUGAUGAAGGGAAUAUUAUAAUCGAUUCUGGUACGAUGUUGACAUAUCUUCCUACUGAUUUUUACUCGGUUUUGGAAAAAACAUUGGUGGCUUCGAUAAAUGCUACUAGGAAGGACGAUCCGUUUGGUAUUUUUAAUGUAUGUUACCAGUCUGAGAAUGGCACAAUUGAUGCUCCCAAAAUUGCUGUUCAUUUUACUAACGCAGAUGUAGAGUUAUCGGCUAUGAACACAUUUAUAGAAGUGGAGGAAGGUCUUAUUUGUUUUACUAUGGUGCCAGAUGAGGAAACUGCAAUUUUAGGGAACUUGGCACAGAUGAAUUUUGUAAUUGGAUAUGAUCUUGUGGCCAGUAAAGUUCAUUUCUUGCCUACAGAUUGUACUAAGUACUAAUGAAUAUAUGAAAUAUGCUUUGGCAAGCUA